AUGGAAGAAAUAUCAUCUCCUGAUAUUAUCCUACUAGAUUCAAUAACAACAACAACACCAAGAAAAACUAUUGUUGGUUUAUUACAAAUAAAUCAUUUAACAACUCCAUGUAUUGGUUCACCAUCAUGUCAUCCAAAUGAUUUAAAAUUAUUAUGGUCAGUUGUUAAAUAUUUUUUGAAUACAAAAUCUACAGCACAUGUCCAACAUUCACUCAUAAAGAUUUCUGAUGAUGAACUAAAUGAUCUAAAUGAAUUUAUAUCAAAAACGUCAAUUGGCAGUGAUAUAAUCACAUCAUUUAUGACAAAUAUUGAAUUAAUUAAAUUAAGCGAUCUUUAUCAGAGUAUGUCAAUAUAUAUGGAUGAUAAACGUUUAUUUAUCAAAUGGUUAGACACUGAUUCGACAAAAGCCGAAAAAAAUUUUGAAAUAAUUAAUCAGCAAUCUGCCGGUUAUAUUCAAAUUGAAGAAGAUUUUAUUAUGUUACAUAUAGGAAUGUUGGUUCCAAUCGACUAUCGUGUUGAUCGUACUUGUUUACGAAAAUAUACUGAUGAUGGUGUAUGUCGAUAUGCAACAUCUAAUGAAAUAUGUAUGUUUAAUUUAUUAUCAUUUUAUUCCAACACAUUUUAUGAAUUUAAUAAUUGUACACUUGUUUUGGACUUAUUUUCUUAUAUUAAAUUAAAAAAAUACGAUAUUAAUACAAUGAAAUAUCUCGUUGCCUAUGAUCAAACAUUUUUUCCAUUAAAGUAUAAAAAAUUGUUUAAUAAAAAUCUUGAUCGAGGUGAUAUACAAUGGUUAAUUGAAGAAUCAAAUCAAUAUCGUGCGACAAAUACAAUUCAAAAUGUCACACAAUAUAAUAUAAAAGAAUCACCAAGACCAAAGAGAGCACAUUCAACUGAUAGUUCAAAAAUUCGAAAAACUAGUACAUCAACAAAGAGCAGUAAUUAUCACACACAAUCAAGCAGUACAUUCCAUUCUGGCAAUCGAACAACUACUGAGAUGAAAGUUGAAGAUGAAUUUCAAGAAACGGAAGUCAUAAUUCCAAAUGAUAUUUUAUUAAAAGCGAUCAAAAAUGGGAAUGUUAUUAGUACUCUAACAUACGAUAUUGGAUGUGCAUUAAAUGAUAAAAAUUUAAAAUCAUCGAGUGGCGAAAUUGAACGAGCUAUUCAAUCAUCAUUGAUACAAGUAAAUAAUGGAAACAUCAGCGAUCUGAUAAAUAUCAAAGAAUCAUUAAGAAUAUUGAUUAAUACAAAACAAAUAAAAUUAACAUCUACUAAAUCAACAAUAAAACAUGAACAACAACAACCUGAGAAUAAUCAACUUGUAGCCGACCAAAUGUUAAUUAAACUACAAGAAUAUAAAUUAACAAUUGAACGUUUUUUGGGUGUUGUUCAAAUGUUUAAAAUUGGUUAUGAUGUAAAUAUAAUUUGUGAAAGAACUGGUGUUCAACAAGAUGCUGCAACAUUUAUUCAAUCGAAACUAGAUCAAACAACAAUGGAAGCUAUUUAUGAUGGAUUAACACGACAUUAUGGUGCAAGAAUGCCUAUAAAACCAGCUGUAUUAUCAAAAUUAGUUGGAUUUUUUCUUAAAGGCAAAACCAUUGCCUAUAUCAAUCAAAAAUAUAAAUAUCCGGCUGAUGUUUUAUUGGGUAUUAAACGAAAUUUGUUAAGUAAUCUUGAUGAAACAGAUGAUGGUUGUCAAAUAUCUACAAGAUUAAAAUUAGCUGCCACUUAUAUUCAAUUAGGUUUAUCUGUGUCAGACAUUUCUCAUCUUGUUGGUAUUAGAACAUCAGCUCUUACUCAGUAUUUUCGACAAAAAGAAAAAGAACUAACAAAAAAAUUUGAAUUAGAAAAUAUCAUAGAAUAUGAUGCAAAGGCUUUUAUUUAUGUUCAGGAAACGAAUGAAACAACAGUAAAAUCUCCUCAAGACCCUCCUCAUACAAAAGAUUUUUUGAAUAUUUUUUACUUGCAUUUCAAACCAAUAUUUGAUGAAUUGAAAGUUAUUCAAAUCAGUUUAGAGAGCAAGACGAGUCCAGUAUAUCUACGAAAACGUAACUUAUCGACAAAGACACGUAAUUUUCAAGAACAAGCUGAACUUUUUUCAAUUGAACCAUUUGUAGUCAAUAACGUGAACACAGACGACUUAACAUCAAAUGUUCGUGUAUCAACAAGAGAUGAGGAUUCUACUAUUACGAUUAAAGUUGAACCCGCUCUAAUUGAAGAAAAUAAAAUCGAACUAUCACCAAUUCCUCCAGUAAAUAUUGAAUCAAUAUUAAAUAAUAUAACUAAAGCAAAUCCAUUAGAAAAUGAUUUAAUAAAUAAUCAACGAAGACUAUCUUCACGAUUAAAACAUCGAAUAACAGCAACAAUAAUAGACAAUUUUUCAUCCUCGAUACAAACUCCACAAACACGUUUAACUAGAAAACGAAUUAAUAAAAAUUCAAAGUAAGAAUAAUAAAACUUGAUAAGCUAAUAGUUGCUUGUGAUUUUAUUUUUUUAUUGAUUGUUUCUUUUUAUAACAUAUUAAUAGAAGUUAGCAUAAUCAAGUAUGUUUUUAACGGAUAAUAGUUGAUAUUUAAAACAAAAAUCGAACAUUGUUUCUUGUUGUCAACUCGAAUUUCUCUCGAAUGUGGUAUUGAGAAAAUAAAGUCCAAUGCUUUCAUUUGAUACACCACAACUUAGUUGAGAAAAACAUAAAAAUUAAUGUUCUUUUGAUAUAGAAUAUUCACAUAGUUUUGAAGUCAACUAUUAACCGACACUAUAAAAACUAAUUACGAGAAAAAGUAGAAGACUGUACGAUCCCCAAUAUAUAGACAGAUUUAAUCGGGGAUACUCUCCCCAUAUCUUCAAUGUUGUUUAAAAAUCGGCGAUUAUCGCGCUUUUCUGAAAAGUCGCCGUUUAAUCGCAAUAUGUCAGCGACUGUUUUGUAUAUCGCG